AUGUGUGGUCGUGCCUAUAGUCCAAAUUUCAUGUUCUUCUGGCCUAAUGCCAAAAUUUCAGUUAUGGGUGGUGCUCAGGCUGCUGGGGUGCUUGCUCAAAUUGAAAAGAGUGACAAAAAGAAACGAGGAAUCCAGUGGACAAAGGAAGAGGAGGAAGAAUUCAAGGCAAAAGUUAUGGAGGCUUAUGAUAAGGAAAGUAGUGCAUACUACUCAACAGCAAGGCUAUGGGAUGAUGGGAUCAUCGAUCCAGCUGACACAAGGAAAAUCAUAGGUCUCUCUAUAUCAGCUUCCUUAAAUUCCCCACCCCAAAAUACAAAAUUUGGUGUUUUUAGAAUGUGA